AUGCCCAGUACAGCGCGAAAAGGAAAGCAGACGGUUGCGUGGGGAGUCGAACGGCGGGUGUCUAUGGUGAAAGAUGGAGUGAACAAUCCAACCAGCCGUAGCUACGAUUUGGCAGGCGUCGUACCUGUUCGCAACCUGAACAAUAACAGUACACACAAGAGCGUUUCACUGUUGGGGCAUUUUCUAAUUCUGACGACGUCACGACGAACUUGUCGGAAGAACAGUGAAAGUGUGCAAAGUAGUGCAACUGGUGUUAUAGCAGCCGUCGAAAGAAGUUUUUCCUCAUCCACGUCCCAACUGAGGACGGAAUUUGUUAAUGAUACCUACGGAAAUUUUUUGUGCGUUGCUGAUCCGGAAGUAAAUCAAAUCAAGGUGACAAUCAUAUAUCCCGCUACUGAGAGGCAUAUUGUGAAAUUUUCCACCCAAAAAAGAUAUUUGGUGGAAGAAACUGCCCAAGAUUAUGAAACCGUGACAUUGCCUCAUAUACAAAAGGAGCAGCUAAGCUUAGAGUGGCUUUACAAUAUACUAGAGCAUCGGAAAGAGAAGGAUCGCAUAGUUUUUGAGGAUCCGUCAGAGGAAAUUGGCUUCAUAUUGUUGCCGGAUUUAGAAUGGGAUGGGAAAACAUUGGAACAACUUUAUCUACUCGCUUUAGUGCGCCAGCGAGGUAUCAAGUCAUUGCGGGAUCUAAACGCUACUCAUUUACCAUUGCUGAAAAAUAUUCAAACACGUGGCAUUGAAGUAAUUAAAACACGUUACGGAAUUAACGCUGAUCAACUACGAAUCUACAUUCACUAUAAACCCACAUUUUACCACCCACACGUGCAUUUCCCAUAUCUGAAGCACGACCCACCGGGUAUUUAUUGCGAGAAAAGUCACCUUCUAACAUCGGUUAUUGGGAAUAUCGAACUGCUACCAGACCAUUACCGGAAAGUGACACUCUCUUGCGUUUUAAGUGAAACUGAUAAAUUGAACGUCAAAUUUAAGGCAGCAAAGAGCAAACUGAAUGAACCAGAUGACACCACAACCAACCGAUGA